UGUGCAUUGGAUAAUGAAUUCAAUAAUAAUACUACAAACGCAAAUGAUAGCAUAAAUGGUUUACAAUAAUAUAUUCCUCUGCUAUAAUAUUUGUUCGUUAAGCGUUAAGUCCAGAAAUUUGAGCAGAAUUCAAAUAAAAUACCAUAAUUUACAUGUGUCUCAUUUGAAAGCACAAAAACACAAUAAGUAUUCUUAACUUUUUUCGAUCACCUUGUAUAUGAGCGGAGAAACUAUAACGAACAAUUAUCCAUACUUAGUCACAAUUAUAUUCUUAUCACUAUCUUAUCAGUUGUUUUUAGGCAUCUGCACUUAUCACUUAUUUAGAAAUAUUGUUAUUAAAACCAAUAUAUUAUAUUGAAACAGAUUAUCGCAUCCACUCUGGCCGAGAGUUUAGUAUUAAUUCUCACCUAAAAAAAUGCUUCCACUUACUGGUUUAAUAAGACGACAUUUCUCAAAUACUUCAGUGCUGAAUAAUGUGAUUGAAAAUGUGACUGUGAUCGGUGGAGGUCUGAUGGGUUCAGGAAUUGCACAGGUGUCAGCACAAAGCGGUCAUAAUGUACUUCUAGUAGAUGUAAGCCCGGAAAUUUUGAAAAAUAGCGAGAGCGCCAUAGCCAAAAGUGUCGCCCGAGUAGCGAAAAAACUUCACAAAGAUGACGAAAACGCUGCGAAUAAGCUGAAAGAGGAAACACUUUCCCGCAUCAAAUACGUCACAGAUCCUCUCAAGAGCGUUGAGAGCUCGGAUCUUGUAGUAGAGGCUAUCAUCGAGAAUUUGGAGCUGAAACAGAAGCUUUUCAAGAGCCUUGACGAAGCUGCACCGAAAAAGACGAUUUUUGCUUCGAAUACCAGCUCAUUGUCUAUCGCAGAAAUAGCUUCAACGUCGAAUCGAAAGGACAGAUUUGGAGGUCUUCAUUUCUUCAGUCCUGUGCCAGUCAUGAGGCUACUAGAAGUUGUGAGGAUCCCCGAAACGACUGAAGAGACGUUCCAGAGCAUGAUGGCUUGGGGGAAAGCCAUAGGAAAAACCUGUAUAGCCUGUAAAGAUACACCCGGCUUCGUGGUAAACAGACUGUUGGUGCCGUAUGUAUCCGAGGCUGUUAGGAUGUUGGAAAGAGGUGAUGCUAGCGCAGAAGACAUCGAUACGGCAAUGAAACUAGGAGCUGGAUUGCCAAUGGGCCCUUUGGAACUAGCAGAUUUCACCGGCUUAGACAUUGGAGUGUUCGUUUUGGAAGGGUGGCACAAAAAAUAUCCAGACAAUCCACUAUUCAAACCGGUAGAGUUGCAGAAAAGAAUGGUGAAAGAGGGCAAACUGGGACGAAAAAGUGGAGAAGGAUUUUAUAAAUAUACUACAAAGUGAUUUCAUUACACUGUACUUCAUAUCUCUAUAAUAGAUGAUCAAUGUCUGAUAUUCAA